AUGACAAUUAAUAUUGGCGGCGUAUCAAAUGAUAUUCAAUAUAUUUUUAAUGAGAAAUAUUAUAUUAUAGCUGAUGGUAAUAGUAGUGAUGGAGGACGUGGUGUAGGUGGUAGUGAUGAUAAUAUGAAUAAUGCUAAUGGUGGGAAUAAUAUUAAUAGUGGAAAUAGUAAUAUUGAAGUAGAUGAAAAUGUAGGUGGUGGAGAAGGAGGAG